AUGAAGGGCGGCAAAGGAAUGCGAACAACAGGUAUAGCUGGUUGUUUCUGUGCACGUCAUGAGAUCGUGCAAGCGCUAGGCAUAGCUACACUCAAGAAGGGAGAGCGCUACAGCACAAUGGACUGGGUAUUCUGCGGUGCGCUAUCGUUCCUACGGUGCGCGGAGAUCACGGUCUGCUACGACAUCGCCUGCCAAUGGAGCAAACGACUGCACGAGAGAGUAAGUAAGAUGACGCCAAACUACGUCGUAUUCUCUGGCGCCACAAAGUUCCUGCAGCAUCACGCCAACAGAACAAUCACCUAUGUUGUUCCAAAGUUCCAUCUAUUCGCGCACAAGGUUUAUUGUCAGCUGCGCUACGCUCUGGGUUUGUUAUUUGGCGUCGGCAUAACGGAUGGCGAGACUGCUGAGCGUGUGUGGGCCGGCGCGAACCCUGCAGCGUCUAGCUUGCGUGAGAUGGGCUCAGGAGGGAUGAGCGAUACCAUGGAUGAUAUGUGCAGUUCGUGGAAUUGGAUAAAGACCUGUGGAAUAGCUGAUUUACUUUGCGAGCGGAUGGAUCGCGCACUGAGCGAAGGCGCCAAGCAGACGGCCAUCUUCACGGAAUUCACCGAGGCACUGGAGGCAGAAGAACCUACGAGAGUAGCUAAGGAACGGGCCGCUAUCAGGACUUGGGAGCAAGAUGCGAUCAAGAAGGAGGGAACAUCCUGCCCGUAUCACAUCGAGAAGACGCAUUUAUCUGUACCCGAAAUCAGGCGACAGGCGCGAGAGGCGCAAGAUUCUUCCAAUCGACCUGCUGCAACGUUGGGCGUCGAGGACGAAGCUACGCUAACCGACUUUGUCUUACAUGGGUUGAUUAUCGAAGAGAACAGGGCACGGUUCGCCACGAAAUACAAGUCCGGCGGCGGGUCAUAUGUUCAAGCGACAGCUAGGACGAAUGCGUUGAAUGCGAUUCGCCGCGACCUCAUCAAGUUUCGCAAGCUACAGGCGUUAUACACGCCGGACAUCUUUGCCGCGUUGACGUCGGACGAGCGCAACCCGGACCGGUCUGCAGCGCUGACCGAUGGACUGUACCUGCCAUCAAACUUGUCCAAGGAUGACGAGGGUCUCAACGCAGGCGAAGCAAAGAUAGUGGAGAUCAAGGUCAGGUGGGCAUCGAUGGAGGACGAACUGGAUAACCUGCGGCACCAGUUGCGUCUCAGAGGUUGCAUCAAUAGGCACAAAGUGGCAAAUGUCACCGGGCAGCGCAACAACACUCGCGCCCGAGAAGUUCAGGACGACAUCGACGACUAUGUUCAAAGAGCGGCGGAUGCGUACCGGCGGCAUCGAAAGGCCUAUACAGCGCUGGUAGGGAAGGGCAAGUGGGAAGAUACGAUGAAAGAGUUGGAGAGGUCCGAUUGUCGCGGGCUGGGCGAUCGUCUCAUCGAGCAGAUUGAGAAUAUGUCCCUAGAGAGCGCUCGACAGUUUGUGGCAGGAAAGCGGGGCGCAGACUCGUCAGGAGAGACGGGGUAUGAGUUGCCUUGGAUUUGGUACAACCGGUCGGAGGAGCUCGGGUUGAAAAUAACGGACGGUGAAUCACUUCUGUGA